GUGUUGGUGGGAGGCAGAUGGUGAGAUAUCGCGAGAGUUAUCCAGAUGUUACGCGAGAAGACUCCUGACGUCACUUUAAGCGGGGAGUUUGUUGUUGGCGGAAAAGCUUCUUUCUGAAAGUCUCAGCAGCGAGUUAGUUUUCCAUAUUCCAGACGCACCACAUCACUGUACAGCGUAUUUACGACAAUUAAUGAAGGGAGCCAUUUCAAUCAAGGACGAAGUAAAGCGAUGGAGUUGUCUCCUGUCUGCACUGAUGGCAUCAGCUCAAAUGAUUGUUUAAAAUCUGACAGAGGGAACAGGAGGAGCAGAAUCCCCAGGGAUGUAGAGAUGGACAUCGAGUCGCUCUACAAAUCUGUUCCUCAGCUGGCGAAGGUUUUCCACAUCAUGGACAAAAUUGGAGAAGGAACCUUUAGCUCCGUGUAUCUGGGUGAGGCUCAGAUGAGGGAUGGAAGGAGAGAGAUGUUUGCUCUGAAGCACCUCAUCCCAACCAGCCACCCUACACGCAUUGCUGCUGAGCUCCAGUGUCUCACUGUUACAGGAGGCAGAGAGAAUGUGAUGGGGGUGACAUACUGCUUCAGGAAGGAAGACCAUGUGGUGAUUGUCAUGCCUUAUAUGGAGCAUCAACCUAUUGUGGAGAUUAUCGGCUCACUGAGCUUUGAAGAGGUCCGUCUAUACAUCUAUCACCUUCUGAAGGCUCUGAGACACAUACACCAGUUUGGUAUCAUUCACCGGGACAUCAAACCAAACAAUUUCCUCUACAACAGGAGCAGCAGAAUGUAUGCGCUGGUGGACUUCGGCCUGGCCCAGGGCACAGCAGACACCCAGAUUGAGCUCCUAAAGGUGGUGAGGCAAAGGCCUUCACAAAAAGGUGGAGGGUCCACAGGGAAACAAGAAGCAGCACAGCAGAGCAAAACAUCAACUAGACUCCUUCCCAAAUCCACCAACACCACCACCACCACCACCACCACGGCUUCUACCACACUACCUCAGCCUCCACAGAAGGCCACUGAUUUGCCACCUUCUCCCUCCUCCUCCUCCUCUUCCUCCACCACAUCUCCCUCAGCCUCCCGGGUGGCACUGGUUAAAAAAGCACGCACAGUCACCACCUCCGCACCGCGCACAAAGCACACAAAGGAUUUGACAGGACUACGUAAAGUGCCCCGGCCUGUGUUUGGAGAGAGGAACCUGAACAGCUGCACUCAAGCUCCAUCCACCACUAAACCAGCUGCUGUGAAGACAGAGCUGGUGAAGUCUUCAAAAACAGAGGACCCAGCCACUCGGAGGGUCUCUGUAGCAAGCCGGGGGCCGUUGCCUGUCAGGACCCAGAGCAGCAUUCAGAAACCUCAGAGAACCGUACAGCAGGGCCUCACCUGUAGCUGCCACCUGACCGACCGUGUCUGCAACAUCUGCAUGUCCAGGAAGCAGCAAGUUGCCCCCAGGGCUGGGACUCCAGGUUUCAGAGCACCAGAAGUCCUCACAAAGUGUCCAAACCAAGGAACAGCCAUAGAUGUGUGGUCAGCUGGUGUGAUCCUGCUCUCUCUGCUCAGUGGACGUUACCCAUUCUUUAAAGCCAGUGAUGACCUGAUUGCCCUUACACAGAUCAUGACCAUAAGAGGCUCCAGAGAGACCAUCCAGGCUGCCAAGGCAUUCGGUAAGGCCGUGGUGUGCAGUCGGGAGCUGCCUCGACAGGACCUCAGAGUGCUCUGUGAGACCCUGAGAGGACGCAGGCCGUCACCUGCUGAUAACGUCACACCACUUCCUGAAGCAAACAAAGCUGCUGCCACCACCUGUCGUCUCAAAAUCCCGGAUGAUACACCAACACAUCACCUUCCUCAGAGAAUGUUAAAGCAACACAAAGACGUUGAAACUCUUCCUAAACAGCACGAACAGUCAGGGAGCACAGGCCCUGCUUGCCCCUCCAAACAGAGCUCACAGACCGACUACAAGGCGGAGGAAGAUGAGCGGGGCUGGAACAGAGUUCCCGAUGAGGCGUAUGAUCUGCUGGACCAGUUGCUGGACCUGAACCCUUGCACCAGGAUCACAGCCGCUCAGGCCCUACAGCACCCGCUGUUCAGAGGUCUGUGAGACCGCAGACUGAAGUGAGCUUCUGAAGCUGUGACCCAGGAUGAAAAACUGAGUGAUUCAAAGACAAAAGGGUUUGAUAUUUUCACAAUUCACAACCCAACAGAGGAAAAAGGUUUGUCCUCUUUUGGGAAUGACUUCUGCUGCCAUCGAUAGAAGCUUUAAGCAAAGUGGAAAGCAGUUACAUCCCUGUGUGGAGAACUUUACAGAACAGAACAGAGGUCUGAUACAUUUUGUAUAACGCAUUAUCUCUCCUUCUAAAUGCUUCAUAGAUUUCAACGUCUAUUAAAGACAGACUUGCCUUACCAUUUCACA